AUGGCAGUGAAUCUGGGACUGGACUUCGGAGAAACAGCCAGUGUGGAAAUGCUGCCCCAGGAUGGCAUCUGCAAGCCCAAAGCCAGAGCCAGGCUGGAAGCCAGGAGCAGCAGCGCAAGCUGGGCACUCACCUGCUGCCUGGUGUCUCUCUCCAUCCUCAUCGGACUCAGUGCCUACCUGCUCGUUGGCCAGCUCCAGACACAGGGAGAAGCCUGUGUACAGUUCCAGACUCUAAAAGGACAGGAGCUUGGACCUUCACAGCAGAGAGCUUACAUGCCUCUCAGAGCUGAUAGAAAUAAGCCAAGGGCACACCUGACAGUUGUGAGACAAACUCCCACACAGCCCUUGAGAAAUCACUUUCCGGCUCUGCAUUGGGAACAUGAGUUGGGCUUGGCCUUCACCAAGAACCGGAUGAACUACACCAAUAAAUUCCUGGUGAUCCCAGAGUCGGGAGACUACUUUGUUUACUCCCAGGUCACAUUCCGAGGGACCACGUCUGAGUGUGGUGUCAUCAACCAAAGGAGACGACAGACCAAACCAGACUCCAUCAUUGUGGUCAUCACCAAGGUAACAGACAACUACCCUGAGCCUGCCCAGCUUCUAACAGGAACCAAGUCUGUGUGUGAAAUGGGCAACUGGUUCCAGCCCAUCUACCUCGGGGCCAUGUUCUCCUUGGAAGAAGGGGACAAGCUGAUGGUAAAUGUCAGUGACAUCUCCUUGGUGGAUUACACAAAAGAAGACAAAACUUUCUUCGGUGCCUUCUUGCUGUAG